GGAGGAAGCGACAAAAGGAAGCUCCGUCCAUAUUUUAGAUGGCUAUAGCACAGCUGUUGGUCUCGUGUCUGAUUCUGCUUUUUCAUGUCCAAUCAAGCUGAACUGACGAAGCUUGAAAAGCAUGUGAAAGAAGAAGGCCUCUUUUUCCCUGCUGUGGCAAAACCUCAUUAUUCCCUCAAGCCCCUCUGUCUGAAAGGGAGGUGUUCCUUGGAGAAGAUUAAAAUCUCCUCCCUCUUCAGUGAGUCUCCAGCGUGUGAGAGAGUUUUCUGCACCUCCUCCCUCCAUUCGCUCACUGGCCCUUUCAUUCCCUUUCUCCCUCAUUCCCUCUCUCCCUCCUCUCCAGCACUGGUUGUACCAGAUCCGACUUAAAGAGCUACUCUUCUCUGUUGUUUAUUGACUGAGAUUUUCCCCAAAUAACCCUGCAAAGGCCAAGAAAUGACUCCCUAAAGGAAGGUAUCCCAAAGUUUAAAGAUUGUCUCAUCUCAGCUCUAAGACCAGUGUGGGGAGCCGGACACAGCAUCAGGAUCUAUAGGUCCUCACAGGUGUUGGGAAUAUAGUGGUACCAGCAACAGCACUACCAGCAACUAUGACCAAGAGCAACGGGGAGAACCCGCAGGCCCGAAGCCGAGUCAGACAGAUCCGCGAUGGCCUCCAGUCCCGUUCCCUGAAGGCUGUGCAGAGGGUGGAGAGUGUCACUAAGGAUGACGUCAAGGGUUUCUUCCGCAGAAACGCCUUUGUGAUCUUCACUGUCGCUGCGGUCAUCAUCGGUAUAGGGCUGGGAUUUGCACUGCGGCCGUACAAGAUGACCUACCGCGAGGUGAAGUAUUUCUCAUUUCCUGGAGAGCUGCUGAUGAGGAUGCUGCAGAUGCUGGUGCUUCCCUUGCUGGUGUCCAGUCUCAUCACAGGCAUUGCAGCAUUGGACAGCCGUGCCUCUGGGAAGAUGGGUAUGCGAGCAGUGGUGUACUACAUGACCACCACAGUCAUCGCAGUCUUCAUCGGCAUCGUCAUGGUGCUCAUCAUCCACCCUGGGAAGGGCUCCAAGGACGAAUUCAAAAAUCAGCAGAAGAUCGAGCAGGUCAGCCCUGCUGACGCUUUCCUGGACCUCAUCAGAAACAUGUUCCCUCCAAACAUUGUGCAAGCUUGCACACAGCAGUUUAAAACGCAGUACGGAAAGAGAGUGGUCCAUGUGAAGAUGACGGUGAACGAUACCCUCUUCGUCUUGAACGGGACCCAGGGGCAGCAUAUCAUGCGGGAGGAGGUGAUCCCCAUCCCGGGGCAGGUGAACGGGGUCAAUGCCCUGGGUCUGGUCGUGUUCUCCAUAUGCUUCGGUCUCAUCAUUGGCAGCAUGAAGGAGCAGGGAAAGCCCCUCAAGGACUUCUUUGUCUGUCUCAACGAGGCUAUCAUGAGACUGGUGGCCAUUAUCAUGUGGUAUGCACCCAUUGGUAUCCUGUUUCUCAUCGCUGGGAAGAUAGUGGAGAUGGAUGACAUCACAGAAACGGGUGGCCAGUUGGGCAUGUACACUAUAACAGUCAUCAUUGGCCUGUCUAUCCAUGCCUUCCUGGUACUGCCCACACUCUACUUUGUGAUCACACGGAAGAAUCCCUUUGUCUUCAUCUGUGGACUCCUGCAGGCUCUCAUCACCGCGUUGGGGACCUCAUCUAGCUCAGCCACGUUGCCCAUCACCUUUAAGUGUCUGGAGGAGAACAUUGGGAUAGAUAAGAGAGUGACACGCUUCGUGCUGCCAGUGGGCGCCACCAUCAACAUGGACGGCACCGCCUUGUAUGAAGCUAUCGCGGCUCUCUUCAUAGCACAGGUCAACAACAUGGACAUGAACUUUGGACAGAUCCUCACUAUAAGCAUCACGGCCACCGCAGCAAGUAUCGGUGCAGCUGGGAUACCACAGGCUGGACUGGUCACCAUGGUGAUUGUGCUGACCUCUGUUGGACUGCCCACUGAUGACAUCACCCUCAUCAUUGCAGUGGAUUGGUUCCUAGACAGGUUGCGUACCACCACUAACGUGCUGGGAGACUCGAUUGGCACAGGUAUUGUUGAGUAUCUGUCUCGUCAUGAGUUACAAUCCAAGGAUGCGGAGAUGGGGAACUCUGUGGUGGAGGAGAAAGACAAGAAAUCAUACCAGCUCAUCGCCCACGAGAACGAGCAUGAAAACGAGAAGCCUCCAGUCAGUGAGACCAAGAUGUAGCACCAACAGUUUGAACACUGUGGUGUUUUUAAUCCCAUGGUAAAGGGAAGCAACCCAUAUCAAUUCUCAAAACACGAAAAAAAGGAUAGUGUUUGUUUAGACCAAGAAGCUGAACCAAGAGUAUGUACAGGAUGUAUUUGAUUUGAUCAAGAGUUCUGCAGCCGUUCGUGCUGAUUAGAUUUCAUUGAAUAAUAAUAAUCUGGAAAGAUUCUGUAUGGA